CUGCUGCUCACUGUCAGAUUAGAGUCUAAUCCAAGGAGGAGGAGGAGGAGGAUACUCUGUGAAGACGCUGCUGCUGCAUCUUGGACGGACUCUCGGGUGUUUAUAGAUCCUAACUAAAGGCGACUUUAACGUGUGUUUGUUCUACAUGAAGCAGGCUGCUGGUUGAAGAUGAAGCAGCAGUUUGACUCUCUCUCUCUGUCCUACAUAUUAACAUGUUAGCUGGCUAACUAGCUGAGAGAGAGUAACUAGCUCAAUCGGAUUAGCAGCCUCCCUCUGCGUUACCUCAGGCUAUUAUUUACUCUACUUGACGACUAGCACACAGCAAACAGUCGCCUUUAAAAAGAAAAAAGAAAUGUGCAUUUCAUUUCUCCAUCCUUGUCCUCCUCACUACUUUGUGCUGUGAUUCUUCGCUAGCUUUAAUGUUGCUGCCAGCUAGCUCGGUUAUUAGCCAGUGAAGCCAACAACCAGAGCUGCUCCGCUAGUUGACGUUAAUCUUCACUGUUUGUUGGAAAGAGCCAACAGAAAGUACCUUAGUGCCUCCGACCAGCGACAGAAGAGCCGAGCUGUCAGGCUGAUGUGCUAGCUCGUCUCCGGGCCAGCCGGCUGAGUUUGAGUCCCUAUAUUCGCCUUCAGAGACGGAGCAGAGAUGUCAGGAAAGGAUAAAGACAACAAACAGGAGAAACAGUCCACGACGGAGCGGCUCGUUAAAGCUGUGCCAUACCCUCCACAACAUAAGCUGACUGUGAAAGAGCUGUUCGAAGAUGGCAAGCCCAACGCCGAGCUGCUCCGCAACCACCUCGUCAAAGAGGGCAGGGUGGAAGAGGACGUGGCUCUAAAGAUCAUCAAUGAUGGGGCCAACAUCCUCCGCCAAGAGAAGUGCAUGCUGGAAGUGGAUGCGCCUAUAACAGUAUGCGGUGAUGUCCAUGGACAAUUCUUUGACCUUAUGAAGUUGUUUGAAGUGGGGGGAUCACCCAGUAACACGCGGUAUCUCUUCCUCGGCGACUACGUAGACCGAGGAUACUUCAGUAUUGAGUGUGUUCUCUACCUCUGGUCGCUCAAGAUCAACCACCCCUCCACACUCUUCCUCCUGCGUGGGAACCACGAGUGCCGACACCUCACCGAGUACUUCACCUUCAAACAGGAAUGUAAAAUAAAAUACUCUGAACGGGUGUAUGACUCCUGUAUGGAGGCCUUUGACUGCCUGCCCCUCGCUGCUUUGCUCAACCAACAGUUCCUGUGUGUACACGGCGGACUCUCACCAGAAAUCAACUGCCUAGACGACAUACGGAAAUUAGACAGGUUUAAAGAGCCUCCAGCAUUCGGGCCAAUGUGUGACCUGAUUUGGGCUGACCCUGGUGAGGACUAUGGCAGCGAAAAGACAACUGAACACUUCAACCAUAACUCCGUCAGAGGCUGCUCUUACUUUUUCAGUUACUCAGCAGUCUGUGACUUUUUGGUAAAUAAUAACUUGCUGUCAGUAAUAAGAGCCCAUGAAGCACAGGAUGCAGGGUAUCGGAUGUACAGAAAAAGCCAGACGACAGGCUUCCCUUCAUUAAUCACAAUCUUUUCAGCUCCAAAUUACCUAGACGUCUACAACAACAAAGCUGCUGUAUUAAAAUAUGAGAACAACGUGAUGAACAUCCGACAGUUCAACUGCUCCCCCCACCCUUACUGGUUGCCCAACUUCAUGGAUGUCUUCACAUGGUCUUUGCCUUUUGUUGGAGAGAAAGUGACGGAGAUGCUGGUGAAUGUACUGAACAUCUGCUCUGAUGAUGAGCUCAUGUCGGAGGGAGACGACCAGUAUGAAGGUGGAUCCUCAGCGAUGCGUAAGGAGGUGAUCCGAAACAAGAUUCGCGCUGUGGGGAAAAUGGCCCGAGUCUUCUCCGUCCUCAGGGAGGAAAGCGAGAAUGUGUUAACACUCAAAGGCCUCACCCCGACUGGAACUCUUCCUGUGGGAGUGUUGUCAGGGGGAAAGCAAACCUUACAGACUGCAACGAUUGAGGCAGCUAAAGCACAAGCCAUUCAAGGCUUCUCUCCCACGAGGAAGAUUCGUAACUUCGAGGAGGCACGCGGCCUGGACAGGGUAAACGAGAGGAUGCCACCGCGCAAAGAUAGCCAGCAGCCAGACGGCACCACAAUCAACACCCCCAACAAGAAUGGCACUGAUGGAUAGGCAACAGAAACACCAGCCUCCCAAUCUUCACACAGCCCACAGCCCCUGACUCAUAGCCUCCAACCACUCUCUCUUUCAGUCUCUCUCUCCCUCCGUCUCCUCUACUGAAGCUGCCCGUCCAUCUUCUGCUCGCCCGCCGCCGGGCGGCAAAAGUUAGCGGAUACAUCGGUAGAUAAAAACAAAAGGAGGCCACAGCGCUGGGAAAACACUUCCAGCUGCUGAAAAAAACAUGCGAUGUGUUAUCUGGGGAAAAAAUAUUUCAUAAAGAUUAAAUAUGUUAGAUAUAUUGUUUAAUAGCAACAAAUCAUUCAAUGUCACAUUUUGCAGUCGCAGUGGAUACUGCACACUGACGUCCUUACUUAUACAGGGCACAAUUAUGAAAAAGGUUAUUUUAUAAAUUAAUUUUAAAUUGAUACAGAUAGGUGCAGCCUUUAUUAUCCAGGAAUUUUAGUCACUUUACGUAUUUUUUAUUGCUGUUCUCCAUGUGUUGGUAAGGGAAAAAUAUGAAGUACAAAUACUGUAGCCUCGACCGCCUCGUCUGGAUCUUGCAGCGUUGUUGGCAAGACAAUUUGUGGCUCUUGAGGUUCUACACAGUGAAGUGUUUGCUUAUAUGUGUGUCAUUUGAAAGAUACAUGAUGUUUGUAUUGAGAGGUAAAAAAAAAAAAAAAAAAAAGAAUAAGGGAAGUAAAUUAUAUCCGAACAAUUAUUACAAAUUAAUAUUUUAUACUUGAAGCAGAAAUUUAAUGAAGACUUGAAGUCUUAUUUUUAAAUUUUCCACAAAACUUUGACGAAUCCUCGGAAGAUGCUGAAUGGAUUUUUGUUCAGUAUUUUGUUCACUUCCACGGUAACAAACAUUUUCUUCCUGUAUUAUAAUUUGUGAACGAAGCGUUUCACACUUCCUUCUCUAAAGUGGAGGGUUAAUGCUUUUGUGUGCAAUGAUAGUUGCUGUUGCUGGCUGUUCUGUGCUGGUUAAAGACUUGUGUUCACUUGAUGGCGACUAGGAUGUUCUCGCUCCGCUAAACCAAAAAAAAAGGGAAACGCAGUACAGCACGUCUUCUUCUUCUUCUUCUAUCACCACGAGCAGAGCUGCCAAUACUCCCACGUCCCGGUUGGAAGCACUUCUUCUUCUCAAGCAUGAAGUUUAAAAGCCGACCUCUCUGGGGUUGAGCUCUGCGCAUGAAGAUUACCAGAAAACCAACGGACAGAAAAGGACAAGUGUCUCUCUUCAGUUGUCAUUGUGGACAAAAGAGGACAUAUAUUUGCUCAAGAAAGCAGAGGAACUGCUGGCCAUACUGUCCUCAAACAGACUGAUUGCUCAUUAUUGCUUUGGAAAUGUCGGUGUAUUUAACAGAAUUAUGGCAGUUUGAUUUGUGUUUUGUUGUCAGGGUGUGCUUUUUUGGGCUUUCCUUUGUUUCUAAAAGCUGUAUCAGUGUCUCCAUCUACUGUUGAUUAUACAGAAUGCAGAUGGUUUUUUGAAUUGUUAUAACCGUGCGCAUCAAAUAAGGGAAACAUUUGACUUUGAGUGAAACGACAGCUCUUUGACGACGCUGUAGUCGGACACAAUGGACAGUCAUUCCCCUCGGCAGGGAUGAUACUAUAAAAGGUACAGCUGUCUAUCAAGGCCUAAGAGUACUGUAAUCAUCUCAACCACGGCUGACUCACACAUACAGUACAUUAGUUUUUACAACAGGUGGUCAAACCAAGAUGGGGACUAUUAACGCUUGCUGGUGUGUAUUUGCUUUUUCUGCUCUGCAGUAUUCAGCCGUUCAACUCUCUUCUGGUCUCCACCCACUCCCAACCCUUUAAGACGUGCUUUUUACUAAGACACACGACCAACUGGUGCUUCGACACACCUGACUGUAACUCUGUUGUUUUUUUUUGUCACUCAACAAAAGGUGAGGAAAUAACCUUUAAGAUUUGAUAUUCUCUUGUGAAUUUACCCUCUUUUUUUUUUUCUUCUUCUUCUUUUUUUUUUAAAAAAUGAGGCGUUUGCACUCGUGUGCCAUGCCACCUCGGCCACACAUGUCAAGAUCUGUAUGUGUGUGUGUGCGUGUGCGUGCGGAUGGUGAGCGGUGUUUUUAAAUCACACAUGAUUUAUGAUUCAAUGUCGGUAAUAUUAAUCUUGAUAUCCUUAAAAUUUCCAAAAUAUUGUUGUUUGCCGUUAUGUUCAGUAGACUUCCUGAAGAUUUAAGUAUUUGGGUUUCCAUUCAUAACUGUGAUGUUAAAAAAUUUGUUUUUAAAGGUAAGGCUUUAUUGGGUGAGCCAUACAGUAUACUGACCUCCUGUUAGGUCCUAUUACAUAUCUCGCAGAAUGUAAAAUAAAUAUUGUUCAUUAAGAAUCUUAUAAUAGCUGUAAAAAGGGGUGAAAAAAAAAAAACUGUACCGUAUUUGUCAUGCGAGGCCAUGAAAUCUUUUACGUAGAUGUAUCACUUGAAAGAAAAGAAUAAAAUUCAAAUACAGUGUUUUAUUUGA